CCUUGCGGGGCGAGUCAGGCCGGUCGUUGCUUGGUGCCCGUGCCUUUCCGCUGCGCUACGCGGCAGCAAUCGCUCGGCGUACGGCGCGAGCGUAACGCCGAUGAGAGCGCGAUCGCCGCUGUUUGUCGUUACCCUGACUCGGAUCGCACCCACGUCCUCGUCUUGGGAUCGCGCGCAUCGCCACCCCAUUGCAUCACAUCGCAUCGCGCGCGUUUCAUCUUCCGCGAGCGGCGAAGGCGCACGACGCGCCCGCCAACGGCGUGCCGCUUUGAACGACAACGAGGAUCGCUAGAUCGAGGCGCGCGGCUGGGAUCCACGCGGGUGGUAGGGAGAGAGGGAGGGACAGGGCAGAGAAAACGAGAGAGAAAGAGAGAGAGAAAAAGAGAGAGAGAGAGCUACGGAGUUCCGCGCGGCGGCGACUAUGCGCGUGAUCGAUCGCGCGCGCCUCCGCGAUCGGCCGGAGAUGUGAUACCGGAAGUAGGCCAGGCAGGGUUGACCUGCGUGGGCGUGCAGGUACGGCGUACGACGGUGUCGCGGGUGCGUGCGUACGUGCGUGCGUACGUGCGUGCGUGCGUGCGUGCGAGAAACGACGUGUAGGCCGCAGGUGGUGCCGUCGUGUGGGUCCGGAGGCCAGCAGUCGUAGAGAUGCGCGUCGCCGCGACGGCCUGCCCGUCGCCGACGUGCUCAUCGUCGGGGACCACCACCCCCUGGUGCAGUACCACCACCGUGCGGCUGCUCUGCGUCGUCCUGGUCUCCUGCUGGAUUGUCCUGGAUCGACCGGCACUGGGUCUCCCCGAUUCUCCGGAUUUAAGUGUGCAAGGUCUAUCCGGCAAAGGCACGAAAAAGUUUGGCGACGUUUGCGAAGGGAACAAGGAUUGCGGUUUCCCAGGUUCUUACUGCGAACCGAAAAGUAAGAAGUGCAUCUGUAAGGAAGAAUUUGAGGCCACGAACCAUAUCGACAAAUGCGGACACGCGGCAAACGUGAACGAGUCUUGCUUCUUCCACGAACAAUGCGAGGCGCGGGUACCACAAACGGAAUGUCGAGACGGCCGAUGCAUCUGCCUCUUCGAGAAAAUCCCGGUGACACAGCCCGAUGGCACGAUAAACUGCGUGGCCGAGCAGAAAGAACCAACCAGCCUCCGGUACAUCGAUCCGGCGAUGAUUGGUGUUCUCGUUGGAAUGGCACUGAUGUUUGUCAUCAUCUGCGUCGUUCUUAGACUCUUUAGCAGGGCUCGCUGGCGGGAAAAUCGCACCAUCUUUAAUACGCCCAAUGCGCGGCUGAUGAACGUCUCGUUGCUGAGAGAGAACAAACUCUUGCACACUCAGGAGAGACGUGGCUCGAGGGCAAGCGUACGAGCCCCAUCGAGGCAACCCUCGAUGGCAUCAUUGAGGGCCCAUUCGCCAAACGCCUCGCAAGGUGCGAAACACUCUCACCACUCACAGCACAGAGCAAGCCGGUCACAUACAGGAUCACGACGUGGGAGCCGCGCCAGCAGCGGGAAUGCUUCGGCUGCCUCGGUGAAAUCUAACAAAUCGCCGAAUCAUACGAACAACGUCGCCGAUCCGGUCCUGGAGAACGUCACCGUCGAGAUUCUCGACGGGAAGGCAUAGAUAGAACUGUCUUAGCGUCGCGACAAACGAUCCGAUCGACAUUCCUGUUUAUAAUUAGACAACGCGUGGCGCUAUACACAUAGAUCACCGUCCGUAUAAAUCUUCAAUCCGCCAGUAAUUGGCCAUCGGUCCCGUUUCCGUUCAACAGUCGAGGAAUGAGAAUUUAACGUUCGAUAAUGCAAACAUCAUCGGUUAAUACUUCACCUAGAUAAAUCGCAACGGAACGGCUUCGAAUGUCAAGAUCUCGACGAGGUCAAAGCACAAAUAGCUUGUAAUUGGAAUCGUCUAAAUACCGAGCAUGCAGCUUUGGUAAUAAUAAAAGCCCAUUUAGUCGAAUUAAUUGGAUCUGAGAAGAAUUUUCAGCAUUUUUCUCUCUUUUAAUAAUUUGACGUUUCCUGAGAAAAUACUGAGAAAAUACGAUUUAUUUCAUGGAAAUGGGAAUAAAAACAGAAAUGGGAAAGGAUCAUAGCUUGUCACAAAAUAAUGAAAAAUCAAUCGCUUCUUACGUAGUAAUGAUAGCGGAUGCUAAAACCCAUCUGAAUAUAUUAAAAACAGUUGUGAUUGAGUAAAUUUUCAUAAAAAUGCUAAUUUCGGAUUAAUUAUCGAUAUUAACUCAAUGAGAUAUCAAGCGGUUUCAUGAACAGAAAUGGAUUUUGCAAGGAGCCCAUUACAAAGUAAUUCGAUACACGUAUUCACACACACACACACACGCACACACAGUCACAUUCGAUACAUUUGAGUUGUACGAGAUAUCCUAGAAGAUACCAUAGAAGACACUCCAUUGAAUGAGAAUGCCGCUAAGAAAGCACUUUUAGCUAACCGGCGCAGCAGCGCUCGAAGGAAAUGGAGAAAUUAUCAUAUCUCUUUAUACAAUUACGCUAUAACUUCGUUGCUUGUUCGACUAUCAAGGCGAUCUUGUCGCCCGUUGCUUCGCUUCGUGGUAACUGUUGCAAUCGUUUUAGGAUGCGCGCCAACGUGAUAAUUACAUUGCGAUGGACAAUUUUGCUCAUCAGUAACGUGAACACUUUUCGGACCAAGCGGUUUUGGCACCGCAUUCGAUCGUUCUGUUUUAACGGAGACACAGUCGUGCAAUUGGUAUUAUCGUACGCCAAUAUAUCAAGAUUGCGUAAGAACGCUGGAGACAACAUGAUAGGCGCUUGUGGAAUAUUCUGCGGAAUAAAGGAAUACAUCGAGAAAGAAAAUAAUAUAAUGAUCUGUUGAGAAAGCAAGAAAUGCCAUAAUGGAAAGCAGCGAUUGCAUGACCAAAUAAAUUACUGGUCCAUGCAGCAGCUGAUCUCCAUUAUGGUUCUCCAUUAUCGGAAGGAAGAUACAAGAGACACGUAAUUUACCAAGGAGUACCAAGUUUUUUGGCUGAUAUUGAUCACGGAUUGCGUUAAGGAUCGAAGGAAGCGAGGACAGUCAUUCUUAUUGUCGAAGCAAUGAUCAACAUUUGCGAUCAAAUGCGCAAGCCUUUUCCCUGAAAGUUUUUCCGGUGCGACGCCGCGCCGUCGAGACGCGGGAGGAUGACGAUCGCAGUAUGAUUAUUGAUUAUUAAUCCUUUACGAAAGUGACGCUGCGACUCGAUUGGAUCGCGACAAGCCAACGCGAUAGGGACCAGAGGAGAGUGUCCAACGUGACACCUCCCUCGGAAGUGCGAAAUUUAAAAAAGGGUGCGUCGCCAGAUUCGUUAUAAGAUUCGCUAAGACGGUGCCACGCGGCGGUAAUUAAGCACAUCUGACCAUACAAUCGUAGCACUUAACGGUAAUCGCAAUUAAUUAGACGUAUCAGAGCACGAGUAGGCAGUAUUCUCUGAAGAUGCACAAGUUUCUCUUAGAGGGAGGAAAAAUAGCGUGCUUGGCCGAAUUUUCACAAUAUAGGGAAUUUCCUGUUGAAGAAGCUUCUCUCUCUCCCGCUUAUUUCGAAGAGUUUAUUGUAAUAUUCAUAUUAAAUAUUGUAAUAUUCAUAUUAAAUAACGAACAAUGAAAUUUCAAACAUGACAAUUUAGAGGCUUUUCUUAUCCAUUUUGGAAAAUGUAUAUCUCCCUGUAAGAUACGUAUAUUGCGUACUGUCGUGCAGGAGGAAAAUCGAAGAAAUCACGAGAUUUGGGAAGCUCUGAGGAAUUUUGAGAAAUUUUAUUCGAGGAACUCUAGCCGAAUCGAAUUCUUCCCUCUUUCUUAAAAAUGUAGUUUACCGUUCAACGGCGAGAUUAAGAGCACCGUGCACGUUUAUGAUGAAUUAUACAAGCGAUAAUGCGCUAAUAGAAAAUUAUUAAUUGGAACGACCACACUGUAGACUCAUGCACAAUAGUAUUCCACGUUUCACUUCAUGUAUCACGAUGAUGCAUUUCGACGUCUAGUAUCUGCGAUAUCUACAUGAUAAAAUAGUCUCUUGGGCACAAUUUUCGCAGCCAAGCUUAUCACUAAUGCUGAGCUCGCGAGUAAUUAGAUAUGCGAGACUUGGAGAUCAAUAUUCACGGCACGUUCGUUGGGCCGAGAAUAAAUCUGACAUUAGCCGUGGAAAUGUUCGCUUGAAUCCUGAUAUUGAGAAUAUGAUAUUGGCAAUGUCGAUUAGCGUAGCGUGCAAUUACUAAUCCAAUCGAAAACUUUUUCUUCUUCAUUAACGGUGAGACAAGAUUAGGCAAGAUGAAGAGAUGAAGGGACAAUACGGAUAUUAUAGAUGAUAUUGUUCAUAGUCUGUUCUUAUAAUUAGAUCGUCUUGAGUAUAGUCAUUAGAUACCAAUGAAGCGUUUUUAGCUACCAAGUAUCUCAAAAUUAAAUUUAGGAUGAUCUUAAAAUAUAAGGAUGAAUUAUGAAUACAUGAAUGAGAAUCCUAAGAAAUAUAAUUUACCUGUUAUUGCGAUAGUUCAAGGAGUGCGUAUAUUGCUCACGCACAGUUUUAGGACACAUUUUAGAAUUGUGGAAAUCUCGCCAAUAGCUGCAAGCUUGUCUUUUAUUGCUGUUUUCGUCUCCGGUAAUCCCUUUAUUCUCUGCGACACACAUAGGCUGCAUUUUAUUUGAGAUUAUACGCGUUCGCGGCACAUCUUGGUCGUUAGAAACGACUUCCGUUAAUUAACUUUGUUAGAAGUAGUACAACAAUCUUUCAUACAAUAUGUACGACCAGUGGAUGUCGUGUGCGCAUUUAUCACGUCCAACGGGAAACUAUUAGAUUUCUAUUAGAUGUCCGGCGAUCUAUCGAUUGAAGUUCGCGUGUAGAGCGACCAAAGGCGUCACGAUUGAACACAUGUCCCAACAGACACGCGACUCUUUAUAUACAAAUAACUUAUUAAUCGCACAAGGAUAUAUCUUGAUAUCUUGACAUCGGAAGCUUGCAAUCCGUACAAUUGAAUUGGGAGGGCGAAUUACGAGCGGUGAUUAGCCCAGUACGAUUGUAUCUCAGCAACUUAGUGCCUGCGCUGUCGCGUUUAUAGUGUGAUAGAGUCUAAAUUUACUGAUCGAAUAUUUAUUACGAGUACAGAGAUGCAUAUGAAAUAUAAAUAAAUGAAUAAAUAAAUAUAUAUAUAUAUAUAUAUACGUUCACGCACGUAUCGCGCGAAAUGAUCUAUAAAAUAUAAUAAAAAUACAGAUAUAUAUAUAUAAAUGCAUAUAUAUAUAUAUAUACACCCACACAGACACACGAAAAAAUGAAUAUAAUUUAAUGAAAGCUUGGCACUAUUUGCACUAUUUGUAGAUUACUUCUGUGACGCCUAUAGCGACUUUCUCCACUCUGUGAUCCGUGUGCAAUACGUAGCCGCGAUUGUUCUCGCGAGCAUUGUCGUACGAUUAUUGUUAUCGUUUAUCACUAUCACUAUUACUGUCGCUAUCACUGUUACUAUCAUUAUAAUUAUAAUUACUGUCUCUGUUAUAAUUGCUCUCACGCGGAGCAAACGACUCGCUUAGGUAUUAUCAUCCCGCACCUGACAUCGUCUGCGUUUAAAUUUGUCAUUUUCAUAGCAUAUGUCUUACGACCAUCCGGUGGAUCCACACUUGGAGAAACAUUAUUAUUAUUAAUAGUAUUUUUAAUGUAGACGCGUAUAUACGGCGAGGCGUGAGCUUCGUCGUCGCGCGAUUUUUCGCUGUAAGGGAUGUAUGCGUAUGCGUAUGUGUAUAUGUGAGUCCGGCAAAGUUUUAAGAAUUUAGCGAGUAAGAUUGGAUAAUUAAUCAAUCAGAAGUUUAAUCGACGUCACCGGGAAAUCGAAUCGAUCCCGAAACGAAAUUUGGGGAAGGUUUCUGUUCCAGGAUCGGUGGGACUUCGGGCGACUUCUUUAGCGUUUACAUUUAGCGUGUUACAGUAUAGAUAAAACUAAGUCGUUAGUCAUAGGACACCCGCACGAUCUACCGAUCGCGUAACAAUCUACAAAAAAUCUAGAUGGAUCACGCGGCCCAUCGGUAGCGCGACGAUGGCGAGCGAGUGAGCCGUUUCUUUUCUUUUUGUUUUAGGAUAAUUAAUCCUUACGAUAUAGCUGACGCUUUGACGAUGCGAAAGUGUACUCUAAGUACCACUAACUCGAUAUCACUUGUAACGAGUAUUAUAUUUAUGAGCAAGUUUCGCGCACAGACCUUUCUCUCCGCCUUUAAAUGAAGGAAGAAAGAAAAAUGAAGAUGACGAAAACGUAGAAAUGGAACACAAGCAGAGUGCCUAUUCUCUAUCACUCGAAGACACUCGCUCACUUUUGUAAGUCUCUAAACUUUAAUGCGUAAGGUAUUAAGUCACACGAUUUUGCACACUCUCUACGAUCGUUUCUCGGCAGAAGCUCGAUGAUAAUAAGGGUAACAUUUUCUAACAAUUAUAUAUUUUGUAACGUCGAUGGUCUCGCGUAAAAAGUGAUUCUCUUCGUAGUUCGACAGAUUGAUUUAUUCCAAACAAGUCGACGAUAAACGUAGAUCAGUGAAUACACAUUGCGACAUUCACUUAUUAGGAACAACUUCAUUUUAUGCAGCAAAUCUCCAGGCGUGUAUCGUAUUAAUCAGCUAGUUUCGCGUUUAAUCGCCAGCUCCCGGGCAUUAUUAUUCGCUGAACCACUCUUAAACGGGAGAUUAGGCCCUAGCUGUUAGCUGUGGUAUGCAUCUACGUAGAAGUGUUUUGCAUUGCGCAUUAUCGCGUGCCAAACCGAUCCACUGUAAUCUCGUAAAUCGACGAAUCCGUAACUGCCGAUGCAGUUACGAUCGUUUUGACGACUAAACCGAUCGCGAUGAUGAUGACUGUAGAUUAGAACACUCGAUGAUUUUCUCGAUAUCGAUGCGAGGCACGGAUAAUGCUGCGAACAGCGUAAUGAGGAUUGACGUCGUGAUCUAAAUAUGGGGAAGUGUUUGGAUCAUCGUCAAUUCCUACGAAAUGUUUCUCUGAAACGCUCGAGGCUGAAAUAUUACGAGAACCACACAGAAAAGUAAUCUACAAUCCUUGACCAACGUAUAGUCGCGAUAAGAGGAGAGUGAUCAGCAAACGUAGAAAAGACAAAGAGCUAGACAUUCUAAGUAGAGCAUGUGCGAAGCUUGAGUAAAUUCCGAGUAAGAUCUUCGCUGAUCUGAUCCACUUUGAUCGACUAGUUUCAGUCUAGCGUGUCGCGGGUGUCCAAGACGUCGUGGAUGCGCGUCAGAUCAUCGUGAUCAAAAAAUUAGAGAGUACAAUGACGAUCCGAUCUGCAAGAGAGGUAUGAUGCGGUUGAUCGAUGCGUUUGCCGUAAACGAUGAUCGACGACGGACGCGAUCGCGAUCACGCUCGACAAAUAUUCUUUGUGACCACGAAAAAACGAUCUUUCAUCGAGUGCAAUGCUUCCACGAAAUUUCUAAAUUUACGGUAUUUUUCUGUAUCUUCAAAUUCAGCACGGAUAUCGUCACCCCUGAUAUCGUAAUGCUACUCUUAUACGAUAAAUGCUAAUUACUGCGCGAUUGUAUUUUUAAGUAACAGAGGAUAAGUCGUUUCUUCUUACGUAAGAUCCUAAUCUAAGCGCUAAAACUGCUUGCCCUUGAGAGACUAUGCGGUAUGCGUAUACAUUAAAUAUUCUAUUAUUAAGCUUUCGCGAAUCGCUAAAUCGUAUUACGUAUAUCCUCUAAACUUUACGCUUGCAUUUACUGUUAUCCACGAGAUAGAUAGAACCACCUCUGUCUGUCUUACCGUUGCUCGAGUAGCAGAUCGUCAACGGUACUCACGACACAUUGUGAUCUGAUGAUAGGAUAUAAAUAUAUAACUUUAUAAUAAUAUGCGUUUAAAAUACCAAAAAAAAUAUGACAUGUAUAUCUCUAAACGCAUCGAUAACGCGUAGGUCGCUUUGAUCUAAACAUAAUUGCGAACUUACGCGAUGAGUAAGUCUAAGAAUAAGCUCUGUAUUACAACGCUAAUUAUACUAAUAAUCUCUAAGGAUAUCUAUGUAGCGACAGUUUUUAGGCAGCAACCGGAAUCCCCAAGAAAUUCACUUGCAAUUGCGUUUCAAGUAUCAUUGGAAAAUUCGUAUCGGACACGUGUAAUCUGAAAGCGCGUCGAGCUGUAGCGGCGCGGUUUAUAGUGUAGCGGUGUGAUUGGGUGCGGGUAAAAUAUACGCGAGUCCCUCUUUUUCCAAUCCUCAGUAUUUUAUAAGGUCCGGUUAUAUAUAUACAAAAGAAAGGUGAAUAUUGUCAAACUAUAUGACCUACAUCGUAAUUAUCUAUACUUUAUUAGCGGCUUAGCAUAUCUCGUAAUCUUUAUAUCAUACUUUUCAUAUUAUAUUAGCUUACGAACGAUUAACGAAUAAUCUAUACCAAAUGUAUCUGAAACUCAAUUAUAUUCUGACUCUCCAAAUUCGUUUUAAUAAAAUCUUAAUACACUG